GUCAAAAUAAAAUUAGGGGUCUUCCUCGUUCUAUCUUCUUCUUCUUCUUCUACAUCUCCUCGGCCGUUUCCUCCGGAGGAUUCCGAUCCCUCUCUCUCUCUCUCUCUCUUUUAUCAUUUGUGUGCCUACUUUGGACUUGAACUGUUCUUCCUCAGAUUGUUUGAUUUGGGUUAUUCGUCUCCCUGUGGAAUAGAUUAUCGAGGAUCCAAUUUUUUAAAAAAAUUUUGAUCCAAUUUUUUCUUUUUUUUUUCUCAAUCGCCGCCAUGAGUUCCUCGAUCCAGAUCGUUGAUGAGCAGAUAUUGGAUCUUUUGCCUCUUCAACAUCAGGAUGAAAAGAAGACUCAAGAAGUGAGCAAUGAGCUGAGUUUUGGGAACCAUGGCGGCUGUUGUGCAAUCUGCUUGGAUACUAUACCUCUUCAAGAGACAGCUAUGGUUAAAGGAUGUGAGCAUGCUUACUGUGUGACGUGCAUACUCCGUUGGGCGAGUUACAAAGAGAAACCUACCUGCCCACAAUGUAAGCUUCCAUUUGACUUUCUCAAUGUCCACCGCGCUCUCGACGGAAGCGUUGAAGAUUUCAUGUUCGAGGAGAGUGUAUGCCUCCUCCUGAGGGCAGUGUGGUUUCAGCCACUUGAAGCAGUGGAGCGGGUUUCAGAUAGUGACAUUUUUAAUUAUGAUUUCGACAUUCCACCUGAGUAUGUAGCUGAGGAUGAGGAUGACGAUGACGAUGACCUUGACGAGUUUUAUUUGCAAGGUUCAAGUCUUCGUUUAGGAAACCGGAGGUGGGGUGACAAUGGCUUUGUCAGAGCAGGUCGCCAAGAAGCAAGGCCGGUCCAACAUAAGAACCGAGGUGGCCAGGCUUCUGGCUCUGAACCCGCCUCUUCAUCCUCACGUGAGCCAAAGGAUAGGACUAGCAGUGCCAUAACAGGAAGGCGUGCGAAGAGGGCAUUGAAGCGUGAAGCUGCGAACAAAGCUGCGGAAGCAGGAGCAGCUGCAAAGCACGAGGCCCUCUUGGUUAGGUUGGGAAGGAAGUGAUUCUGGUUGUAUCUCUGUAAUUACAUCAACCCCCAACCUAAAAUGCACUGACUUCCAUACUUCAGAAUCUGUACAUCAGUAGAAUUUAAUAAUGGCAGAACCACAAAAAGUUGCUGAACCUUUGUCGAAGAUCAUUUGCUAGAUUUGAUUUAUUUAGUCUACUACUUCUUAUCAUUUGCUUUACGAGUGAAUGUUACUGUGUCUUUUGAAUUGAGAAUUGAUCAUAUGGAAUGAGGAUUAAGUGGUUAUGGUAA